AUGUCACUGUUUUCAGAAAGUCAAUUCACGCAAGUGGAGCAACGCGAACGACAGAAACAGGCAGAGAGCUGGGUACCGGCAAUGCUUUUCGCCACGGGACCCGGAUAUGACAGUUUCACUGGUCACGAUGAUGAUAUCGAUGAGCCGCACUACCGACAACCAAGCGCCAUAUUAACUAGGUUUGGCUUUCAUGGUGGUGAAGAUGUGGGGAUUUGGGCCGAUGGACCAUUUUCGGAGUUAGUGCUUGUUCCUAACGUCUUUUUCCUGGUGUCGUUGUAUAAAGAGCUUUUCAUUGUCCCUUAG